AUCAAAAAACAAAAUUAAAUCCUUUUUUUAGAUUAAAAGGGUGUCUUUAUUGAAUAAAUGACUUACGUUGGAGGGUUAUUUAAAACCGAAAAUAUAAUUUUUAAAACUAAAAAAUAUUAGUAAUCAACAUGGGUUGAGGUUGCAAUCGUCUAGAAUGAGAAUCCUAAUCAAAAAUGCCGAUAACGACGGAGCUGGACCGUUCUAAAAUUUUCAAUUUUACUGGGACGCACAGUUGGACAGAAGACCUACCGAUAUGCAGAGAAUCAGGUGUUGGAUAUGCCUGCAAUCAAAUGUAUAGCCAGGAUAAUCACAUGUGGCCUGAACAUCCAUUCGAAGAGAUAUGCCUUCAUUCAGGAUCGAGUGAAGACUCUUCUGUCUUUCUUUAUGGCGUAUUUGAUGGCCAUGAAGGAAUUCAGGCAGCUGAAUUCACAAUGCAAGGACUUGCUGCUGAACUUCUUUUAGGGCAGCUUGCUGGAAAAACUAAGGAUCAAGAAAUCAAGGAAGCAUUCAGUCAGGCUUUCCUUUCGGUUGAGAAAAAUUAUUUGGAAUCUCUCGAUGAUAAGGUGGCCCAAAGAACGAGUUGCUUAUUUGAUAUACCCGAAGGACUCAAUCAGUUCGAAGCAUACCAAAAGUGUCCAAAUGUUUUUGAAAGUAUACGAAAACUCAACUCAGUUUUAUCAUGUGGCACGACAGCAGUAGUAGCCCUUGUAAUUGGAAAACGUCUUUAUAUCGCAAAUGUGGGAGACAGUCGAGCUCUCCUGUGCAAAACGGAUUCGCACGGUGUUCACAGGGUUUUGCAGGUUUCCGUCGACCACGAUCUGUCAAAUGAAGAUGAGCUUCUUCGCUUAGAUACACUUGGGAUAAAACCUGACAAAGGAAUUAAAAGAUUGGGCAAUCAAGAUAAUACUCGAUGCAUUGGUAAUUAUCUUGUGAAGGGUGCUUUUAGAGAAUUUGAAGAGCUGGCUUCAGCUUCAGAAGAGCCUGUCAUUGCAGAACCUGAAAUCCAAGGGGGUAUUGAAUUAGAUGACUCUUGCCGAUUUUUGCUAUUGAUGUCAAAGGGCCUUUAUAAAUCUCUAGAAGAAGCAACGGGGACUACUCAAGUUAAUAAAGACAUCGUGCAAAUGGCUGUAGCAGAGUUUAGGGAACAAACCACUCUGACAGGUGUAGCACAAGCUGUGGUCGACAAAGUGGUCCGGAAGCACACAGACAUGUCUAUGUCAGGAGUCAAACCUGAAUUGAUAAAACGGGAUGACAUAUCAUUAUUGGUGAGGAAUUUUAAUUUCCCGAUGCCCCAUGCAACACCCCCGAUGCAUUUCAAAGAUACCCUACAGACAAUGUCUGAUACAAACAGCUCAUCGACAUGCCAAACGAGAACAAAUCCGCCUACAGAAAUCAAAUCUUAUAUUGAUUUUUCAGAAUUUUACAAAAAAGUGGGUGAGGCAAAAGCAAAUGGUACUCUUCCCAAGGAGCUGUAUUUUUAAUUAGAAUUUAUGAUGCCUUAAAAACAUCACUUGGUUUGAAGUUGAUUAUAAAAAAAAUAGUAAUAGUAAUAUUAAUAAAAAAAAAAAAUAAAAGUAUUUUAUGAAACUAAAACAUUAUUUAAAAAAAAAGUCAGUUUUAUCUAAAUUGUUGCAUAAGUAACUCUUAAAUUUGGUUAAUACAAUUAGAAUUAUAUAGAUGAAACGGAUUCAUUUAUUUUAUGACAGACUGAUUAUAAAUUAUUUUUUUA